UGGCAAAAUAAAUAAAAUAAGAAUAAAAAAUGUACUGCUAAAGCAUUAAGGCAGCAAAGAAAACGGUUUGGAUCAUCUGGACGUUAUUUAUAUAUUAUAUAAUAACUAACAGGCCUAUGUAACUGACUGAUUUCGUAAUUCUAUGUAAUUCGACUGAUUUAAUGGUUGCUUGCGUCGUUAAUCCAAACGGUUGAAUGAGAAUGAUCGUGAACUACACUUCCCACAAUGCCUAGUUUCAUUCCGGCGACGGUCGUGUCCGGAAAAGCGUACAGUUAUAAAGUCCGAUGUGUUGAGUUUCGGAGAAAUGCUGAUAAACUCAUUAAAUGCGAAAUAGUCCGAAUGGCGAACAAGACGAGUGUCUCGUUGUCUCAGGUCAUCUGGAGAGCUUGCAAUUUAUUAAUGUCAGUGUUUUUCUCGCUGGCGACUUACGUGCAGAUAAAUGAUCCGGAUGCCGCUUUGUGGAUGGUUGGUUACGCUAUUCCAGCCGGACUGUGUUUUUCGCUUUGCUGCCAGCCUCAAAUAACAGAGUCGUUGUUAUGGAGGAGGCUGGCCGACUUGCAUGUGCUCGUAGCCUCUGCGUUUGCAGUCAUUAUGGGCUGGAAACUUCAUAAAGAGGGGAUUACGGACAUUUUCCAGCAAGAGGAAGGAAGGGAAUGUUGUGGGCUCGUGCUGACGGUGUUCUGGCUGCUCUUGUGCAGACGUUCAGGAAGGAGCUCCGUGGGCUCGGUCAGGAUCUGCACCGCUGUGGGAAUCGCAGCGUUUCCCUUCGUCACGUGGAUGCAUUACUACAUGAACGCAGAGCUGAGGAAGCACUGGCCUGAACACUGCACCACCGCUCUCUGAUCAGCUGCUAGCAUCGUGCAGACGUUCGUCUCUCAAAUCUCCUGAAUUAAUUCGAAAAUAAAUAACAGCGUAGUGCCUUUAUAAUACAAAAGUGACCCAAAGAUUCAUCUGAAGGCUUGUGUUCAGUCAUAUCGUUUCUGGUGUUGAAUAAAUAACAGCCGUUUUUUAAAAACGGUAA